GAAAAUAAGCGUUUGGCGUUUUUAUCAUGGCUACGACUAGUCGCGUCUUCCAUGGCCAAGAUAACAAGUACCUGGAAACUCCCUGCUUGAAGAGAAGCCCUGACACAGAUGCCCAGAAGCAGCCGAACCUGAAAGAUGCCAGUGGACUUGGCCAAGGCCCAGACAACGGACUGCUGGUCACGCACGUCAAUCAGACCCAGGACUUACUGAGGCUGCAGGACGAGACCCAGCCUUCGGCUUGCGAAGAUUCUCAAGACUGGCUUUCAACUCACAGCUUAACGUUCAAGAAACUCACGUUGGCCGACCUGAUACGCCAAGGCACAACCGUGCUGGAGGAGGGCAGCAAUGUCACGAAGAAAAUGCACCUCCCCACCCAGAUCAUCCACCAGUUCGAAUCAGCGCUUUCUGAAGCUCUUGAACUCUAUCGACGGAGGAUCCGGUGGCUCGGAGGAGACGGCAGAAAGACCUUCGGCCUCGUCAAGGGGGCCAGAGUCGGCCUCCUCAUCGAUGUGUCAGCUGUCCGCAGUGGCCCUCAGAGAGAGGAGUUCCAAAAGGACUUCGUGCGUCUCAUCGACGAGCAGCUGAGCCGCAAGGAGACGCUGUACGCCCUGUCCUUCGGCACCGCCACCUGCGCCCUCUGGCCAGACCCCGUGGACGUCAGCGCCUCCACCCUCCAGGAACUCAAGCUCUGGGUGAAGCAGCUACAGCCCGAGGGAGGCAGCAAUCUGCUUCAAGCCCUGAAGAAAGUCUUCGCACUGAGGGGGCUGAAUGCUCUGGUGGUCAUCCUGGGGAGCUGCCCGGAUCAGCCCGCUGAAAUCCUGUCCAACUACAUCCAGCAGUCCACUGUGGGCAGGGACCUCCUCACCCACAUCGUCACCUACAAAUGCGACGAUCAGGUGCCCCCUGCUGUCCUGAAGAACCUCGCAGAGGCUGUCGGGGGCUGCUACCACUGCUACAGCCUGGACGCGGAGGUCUGUACCAGCUGGGACGUGCACCAGCUCCUGGCUGAAAUCCAGAAGGCCCAGAGUCUCCUGGGCCACGUGCAAGGCCUGCGCCAUAGUGCCCCCUGCGAGGAACUCACGGGCCUGAUGGAGGAGAUUUCCACGGAGGCUGCCAAAGGGCCACUCACAAGUCUCCUGCCGAAACCCCCAAAGCACGAAGCUCCCCUCACAAUCGAGUUCCCAAACCUGGAGCGGACUUCCGCGGAAUGGCUGAAGGUCAACGGCCUGAAAGCCAAGAAGCUAAGCCUGUACCAGGUUCUGGCGCCCAACGCGUUCUCUCCCGUGGAGGAAUUCGUGCCUAUUCUCCAGAAAACGGUGUCGUCCACUGUCCACGAGAAGGCAAUGGUGCAGUUUCAGUGGCAUGACGGCACGGUGAAGAAUAUUCACGUGGACCCGCCCUUCCUCUAUGAGUACCAGAAACAGCUCAGCAGGGCCGUGCGGAUGUACGAGAGGAGGAUCGAGUGGUUGUCUUUGGCCAGCAGAAGAAUCUGGGGCACCGUCUGCGAAAAAAGGGUGGUUAUACUGCUCGAUAUCUCUGCGACCAAUUCCAUGUACAUUAUUCAUAUCCAGCAUUCCCUGCGGCUUCUGCUGGAGGAGCAGCUGUCCAACAAGGACGCCUUCAACGUCAUCGCGUUUGGGAGCACAGUCGAGAGCUGGCGGCCCGAGAUGGUUCCUGUGAGCCAGGACAACUUACAGAGCGCCUGGCGGCCUGGCCUCACCCGGCAGUGUCGGCCCAGCAGGAACGUCCUCAGCGCCCUGCGCAAGGCCGUGGAAGUGGACUUCAAGGACAAAGACAAACACCAGUCGCAGGGCCUCUACCUCUUCACGGGGGGCAUCCCCGACCAGGACAUGCCCCUGCUCAGCGCCUACAUGGCCGAGGCCUGUGGGGGCUGCGACCUGCAGCUGAACGUGUGUCUUUUCUACGUGGGCGAGCCACAGAUGGACACCACACCCCCCGCCUGCUACGCCAGCCGCACCGACACGGCUGCCGCCUACCGACAGGUCACCCAGGCCGCUGGGGGCCGCUUCCACUGGUUCGGAGACACAGGCAUUUACGAGAGCGAUGAUAUCAACGCCAUCAUGUCGGAGAUGGAAAAGGCUCUCAACUACUCCGAGAAGUGUGCCUUACUCGUGUCCUCGCUCAAGAACCAGUCCAGAAAAGACCUGGAGAGCGCGGCGCCCCCCAAAGAGAAGCCCAAGACGCUCAAGCAAAGAAGUCAGCCCAAGAAGCACUGUCCGUCCAAGCCCGCAGCCCCCUCGGUGCCCAGAAUGAGCAUUAAAGAUGACCAUGACAGAAAAGGAAGUCCCCCCUCGAAAGCUCUGACACGGCGUCCACUCAGUGGCAAAGCGGGCAUCCCGCCAGCUGCAGCCCGGCCAGCCAAGGAGGACGCUGCGGGACGGAGAAGGGGGCCCAAGUCGAGGGAGGCAGGGACGGCUCUGUCACUGUUUUACAUGGAGACGGGGAAUAACGUGGGCUCUGUGUACAAGAGGUACUCUCGGGGGAGGGCCACCCGAAGGCCCACGUCUUCUGUCGAGCUGCCCAGAAAGGACACAGUCUGCUCAAGCCAAGAGUGGGUAGCAAAUUUUGGGCUAAAAAAACUGAAGAUGGACAUCUCCAAACGCAUCGGUCCUAACUGCACUCAUCAGAAGUCAGCGUGGAGCCCAGCGGCCGCCAAACACUGCAGCAUCUUCCCCAGCAUGGAGGUCAACGGGACGGUGAGACACAUUCAGUGGACGCCCAGGGAAAUCGAAGUGUACAUCACGUGCCUGGAGAAGGUGAUGAGACGCUAUGUCCAGAGGCUGCAGUGGCUGCUGACUGGGAGCCGCCGGCUGUUUGGUGCCAUUUUGGAGAGGAAAGUGUGCAUCCUGCUGGACACCUCAGGGUCCAUGGGCCCCUACCUGCAGCAGGUGAAGACAGAGCUGAUUCUGCUGAUUUGGGAACAGCUGCGGAAGCACUGUGACAGUUUUAACCUGAUCAGCUUUGCAGAGGGCCUCCAGCUGUGGCAGGACACCCUCGUGGAGACCACGGAUGCAGCGUGUCAUGAGGCCAUGCAGUGGGUGACCCGCCUGCAUGCUGAAGGGAGCACCUCAGUCUUGCAAGCAUUACUGAAAGCGUUCAGUCUUCGCGGUGUGGAAGGGCUGUACCUCCUGACAGACGGGAAGCCAGACACGAGCUGCAGCCUUGUCCUGAGCGAAGCACAGAGACUCACGGAAGAACGAGACGUGAGGGUGCACACCGUCUCCCUGAGCUGCUCGGGCAGACCUAACGCGUCAGGCUGGACGUCCUCAGGGCUGGGGACGAAGCAGAGCGGGGUGUUACUUAGUAAUACGACAGCCUGCAUCACUGAGCGCGACCCCAUGUUGCCACUGUUCGAAGGAGACGAUUUAAGGAGAUUGGCCCAGGAGAUCACCAAGGCCAGGAGCUUCCUCUGGCUGGCCCGGGCAUUCAGAUCCCAACUCCAGAAGAAACAGGACGCAGAGCCAAAGGCCACUGCUUUGUAG